AAGUGGAAAAGGAAGUGAAGACAUGGAAAGAGUCUUGGGGAGCCAGUGGCAGGGUGGAAGUCCCCAGCAUCCAAGCCACAUCUGGAAGAGAUGGCAAACUUAUCCAGGGAACAGCAGAGACAGUGAGGAGUUAGAGAGAAACAUCUUCCGAGAGCCAGGCAGAGCACGGGCCAGGUGUUUCACUGGAACUUCCCCAGGGAAGAGAGGGCUGUGCAGCCCCCAAGGGUGACACAUUUUCUAGCCUUUGUGGAAAAUUCCAGCCCUACUUAAUCUCCUGGCGUUCCUGUAAGAUUGUGACACAGAGAAAGGGACCAAACAGGAAAGAAUUAGAGGAAAAAUGCCUCUCUUCUGGCAGCCACCAUGGCUGUGCCAGGAGUUAGCAGCAGCAGCAGCUGCGGAGCAGCCAGCCCUGCCUCCCCCUCCUCCGGCCGCCUCUAUAAACACGCAGGGCUUACUCAGAAGAUUAGAAGGGAACGGGGCAAAAGACAACAGAGUCUCUUUUGUAAUGAGGAAGGAUUACGGCAUCAAGUGACCGGCUGCAGCUCCCAAGUGGGUUUCAGGCUCCUUAGCACACCGUGUCUGUCAGGUUCAAUCCCCCCAUGAGCCAAGGGGGCACGAGGAGGCGGGCCGUGGCGUGGGCCACAAAGGACCCAGCAAGGACACGUGCGGGACCAAACCUCCACAGCCUCCAGCGCCGCUCGGGAGCCCAUGACUGAUCGGUGAUGACAGUGACAUACACCAACCGUGUGGCUGACGCCCGCCUAGGCACCUUCUCACAGCUCCUGCUCCAAUGGAAAGGAAGUAUCUACAAACUUCUGUACUCCGAGUUCCUUAUUUUCAUCUCUCUCUACUUCACCAUCAGUCUUGUUUACAGGCUGAUCCUGAGCGAGAGCCAAAGGCUGAUGUUUGAGAAGCUGGCGCUCUACUGCAACAGCUAUGCUGAGCUAAUCCCCGUGUCCUUUGUGCUGGGUUUCUACGUGGCUCUGGUGGUGUCCCGCUGGUGGGCUCAGUACGAGAGCAUCCCGUGGCCUGACCGCAUCAUGAACUUGGUCUCCUGCAACGUGGAUGGAGAAGAUGAGUACGGGCGGCUCCUGCGACGCACCCUCAUGCGCUACAGCAACCUGUGCAGCGUGCUGAUCCUGCGCUCAGUCAGCACGGCUGUCUACAAGCGCUUUCCCAGCAUGGAACAUGUCGUGAGGGCAGGCCUCAUGACACCAGAAGAGCACAAGAAGUUUGAGAGCUUGAAUUCCCCCCACAACAAGUUUUGGAUCCCGUGCGUGUGGUUCUCCAACCUGGCUGUGAAGGCAAGGAACGAGGGGAGGAUCCGGGACAGCGUGUUACUCCAAGGCAUCCUGAAUGAGCUCAACACCUUGCGCAGCCAGUGCGGGCGACUCUACGGGUACGACUGGAUCAGCAUCCCCCUGGUCUACACUCAGGUGGUGACCGUGGCUGUUUACAGCUUCUUCCUGGCCUGUCUGAUUGGGCGGCAGUUCCUGGAUCCAGAAAAAGCAUAUCCUGGCCAUGAACUAGAUCUCUUUGUGCCCGUCUUUACGUUUUUGCAGUUCUUCUUCUAUGCUGGCUGGUUAAAGGUGGCCGAGCAACUCAUCAACCCUUUUGGGGAGGACGAUGACGACUUUGAAACCAACUGGCUCAUCGACAGGAACCUGCAGGUCUCCCUUAUGGCAGUGGAUGAGAUGCAUCAGGAUUUACCCAUCUUGGAGAAGGACCUAUACUGGAACGAGCCCGAUCCCCAGCCACCCUACACCGCAGCCACCGCUGAAUACAAGCGCCCAUCAUUCCUUGGCUCAACUUUUGAUAUCAGCAUGCAGAAAGAGGAGAUGGAGUUCCAGCCCCUGGAGCAAAUUAAAGAGAACGAGGAGGCAAACCACUCCACACCGUUACUGGGACACCUGGGCCGCCUCCUCGGUGUCCAGUCACCGAGCUUCUCCAGGUCCUCUUCCCGGAUGAACCUGCUGCGCAGGCGAGGAGACCCUGCAUCCCCCUUCUCCAAUUAUACUUACCAAGACAUGGGCAAGUCUGGAAGCCCUUGCAGCAUCAAUCAGCCAAGGGGAGACUCCAGCUCACAGGAGCAGUGGGACAGUGAAGACAGAAAACUAAGGGAGUUUGACGCCUUCAUGUCAACCCCAUUUUAUGAGAGACCUGGUUUCUACAGUGCUCCACAGACACCGAUCAGCUCUAUCCCCAUGAUCUUCCCUUCUAGACGCCAAGGCCGCAAGAAGCCUCCUGCACUCUCCAGUAUUGCUGCAUGCUCAACUUCUCUUAGGGACGUCAUUGUCAAUGCCUCACCAUCCAGGGUCAGUGACAUGUACAAAAGCCAGAGCUCCCUUGGCUCAGGUGCAAAGGAAACAUUUAUCUGGCCCACAGAUCGGAGCAAAGGUCCUGACUCGCUGUGUUUAACAGUAGAAGAAGAGAAGAGCAACUCUAACAGUAAAAGCAGAGAAGCUGCCACCACAGGGAGUCCAGGAGCACAGUCUACAGCAUCAGACAGCCCAAAAUUCCCCUUCCUGGCAGAGUCCCCAGACUACGAGAAGCAGGGUAGCUUCAAGAGUCUGAAGAGCUUGAAAGCUUCCCACCCGCACUGGCUAACCCUGGAGAACACAGCAUCAGCCACCCCCAAUUCGGAGCAUUCAACUGCCUUUCACACCCCCAGUAACAAAACCCCCGGAGGCAGCACCUCCCUCUGCUUCUCAUUCACUCCUGUAACAUCUCCAGUGCUGGAGAGAUCCCACAUGGGCAACAUGGGCCCUGAUGCUCGCAGCCUAAGUUUAGAAGAUGCAGCCAGUGCUCCAGACCAGCAUCCAGCAGAGGUUUCCAGGACUGUGAGAGAUACUGGAAACGGAAGCACGAAUACUCCUCCUACAAAAGAGCCAAGACGAGCGGAGAGUCCAUCCCCUAAUGACUCUGGCAUCUCUCUAGCUGAAGGAGACUACGUCGGGCUGAUGGAGGUCAUCCUGGAGACCAGCGAAAGCACAUGUGAAGAGCAGAUAGAUCAGUACAGCUAGAGGAGACCAAGAGGUACACAUGGUUCUGUUGAUACCUGCCAUAUUAGUGAUAUUGUGUGAUCUGUGCACCUGGCCACGCUGGCACCCACCCAAACAGAAGGGCAGCGUGGCCAAAUCUCCUACUGCUGGACCACGCAGCCCAGCCUAGGCUAAAGGCAGCCCUAGUGACACACUGCUACCGGCCUCGGGUACAGCAGCAGGUACAACUUCAGUGUUGCAACAAUUACAAACCAAACAAAAGACACCCCCCCCUUUUUUUUUUUUUUCAUUGUUUUUAGCAAAAGAACAAACAAGACUUGGAGUGUUAGGUAUUGCAGGCACCUGACAGCAGAGCAGUAUCUCAGCAAGUACCAGCCUGAAGAACCUGGAGUGCAGGUGUAGCAUAGAACAGAAGGGGAAUGUAGUUAAUGAGGAUACCUCCCCCCUCCUCAUCACAGCAAGAAUUGGAACUUGAGCUUUAUGUUAACAUUUGUCACAAGAUCCAUUAGAAGUCUCAGGCAGGACUUGCACUACUGACAAGAUACUCUGGGAAAAGUAAGGGACAGAAGCAAGUCACAUCAUUUGUGACGCAGACCUACAGUGCUUCUUGAAACCAUGCCUAGGUGGUGUUUUCCAGUACGGAAAAAGUAACGGGAUAAGGCAGGGCAAGUGUCUACUAGAACAGGUCACCACAGCCAAUGGUAUUUGCCCAGCACAUUGCUUCCACAUCACGCUUGCCACUGAUUUGACAGUGACCAGAGAGAAGGCAUCCGGAUGGUAGCAGACACUGUAGAGCUAUGAGUUUUUACUGUCUUCCCUAAUAAAAGCAAGGCUGAAGUCUGGGACCACCUGUUUUGCUUCCUCAUUUUAGUUUCCAUGCAACAAUAGGAAUUUAGAGAAACCACAGUUUUCCUACUUCUUCUAUCUUCAGAAACAGCUGCAAGUCUCCUGUAACACAGGAGGCACAUGACAAACUUAAGUCUACCUCCCACAUUCCUUCCAAUGCCUUCACAACAGCUCUCUGCCUUCCGAGUACAGCUGCCAGACCUGGGCAGACAUCACCACCACCCACUGCAACUCCUGACAUAGCAUCCUUGAGGCAGUUCCUGUAGCUCUGCUGUUUCAGUCCAGCCUCCUUACAGCACCCAGCUCUGAAGCCUUGAUUCACAGUAUAUUUUCUCCAUACACAAGUGUAGUGCCAUUCGUUAGACAGGCAUGAUGUCUAGUGGGGUGCUAACCCUUUAAUAGCCUCAUCUAAAUCCACAGGGACCACUCAGAUACUCCAGCCUUCCCUUCCAUGCACAUUCAUUAGAGCACCAGCUUUGGUGGUAAAGGCAUUUAAAACACAACUUUAUAGUCACUGAGCGACUCCUGCAGUAGAUACCACUGGCUUGGGGAAAAAAAAGUUAUUUUUAUAAAAAUACUAAGCAAGUAACAACCUGAUCCUUUUAACAUGCCCAACUUCAGAGGGCUGCCACAAGAGAUACUAUGGAGCACAAUCCUGCAAGUGCAAGCCUCUCGCUCAUGAGAGAAACAGAAAAAGCCAAAUUGAGCCAAGUCACUUUAUUGGAUGGAGGGCAAUACACAAAACACAAGAGAAAGUAGGGGUGAUAUUUGGUACAGAGUAUGAGAACUGUUUAUCUAGAUAGCUGAAGAUGCAUGCAUGGCUGGACAGUAAAGUAGGAGUCCCACUGAAACCCACAGGGUGGCUCCUGGCAAGACUUCAGCUCUCAUUGUCACUUUCCCCGAGGGUAUGCUUGUCAAAGAGGUACUCUGCCAUCCCAUA